AUGAGACAAGCUAAUAUUUCCAAUUCCUCAUUUCAGAAUACCGAGGCUAGUCCAGUAAGACUGGCAACUCCGGCAUCUCUCAGAUCUAGCAAUUCAACUUCCAAUCUAAGGACAGUCAUGCCAAUAACAAACAUACAGAAUCUGCAUCUGCAACAGGACCAUUCAAGUUCAAGUGUUUCACAAAGUUAUGAAGAACAAAUUUCAAAUCUAAAUAGUCUUGCCUCCCAAGGUCUCGACCUUAAGACAAUUGGGAAACAUUUAGUAAGCCCUGAAGAGAGUUUAAAAUUACAAGGUGGAGAUAUAAGUCGUCGUUUGUAUCAUCAAUUAGAGCAUGCUGCAAUUGCCGAUGAAAAUCAUCCUGAUGGAAUUAAUAUUCCUGACCCAAAGAAAAGAACUAGAAGUUCAUCAUUCUCAGCAUACUUGGAAGAGACGAGAAGAGGUUCAACAGCAAGUGAUAUCAACGUGCCUGGUGGAUUCAGGCGUGAAUUUUUAAUUCAGCAAGCAAUUCAGAGGAAUCAAGAACCUCCUAACUUUUUAACAAGAAACUUUAUGGAAUUCUUGAGUAUUUAUGGACAUUUCGCCGGGGAAGAUUUUAGCGAUGAGGAAGAAGGCGUGUCAGAAGAGUCAAGUCAAUAUGAAGACGUUUUUGACGAAGAAUCGAGCUUGUUGGCUGUAGAAAGAAGAGCAUAUGGAACUGCACCUCGCCAGCCCAAGAAACUGAGACCGAAAUUUAGAGAACAACCAACAGGAACUGCUUCUAUACCGAAAGCGUUCUUCUUGGUAUUUAAAUCUUUAGUAGGUUCAGGUGUCUUGUUCUUACCUCGUGCAUUUUAUAAUGGUGGGUUAUUAUUUUCAAUAGUGACAUUGACCAUGUUUGGUUUGCUAACUUAUAUUUGUUACAUUGCAUUAAUAGACGCAAAGAAUACACUUGGUUUGACAUCAUACGGUGAACUUGGAUAUAAGACGUAUGGGAAACCCUUGAAAUAUUCUAUUUUGGUAUCGAUUAUCAUUAGUCAAAUUGGGUUUGUUACUACAUAUAUCUUAUUCACCAGUGAGAAUAUGAUUGCGUUUAUAUCACAUUACUUAGAGACUACACCAGAUUGGUUAACUAGUGUCAACCUUGUUAUCAUCCAAUGUAUUGUGAUGAUUCCUUUAGUUUUGAUCAGAAAUUUGACCAAGUUAUCUUUAGUCUCAGUAAUCUCAUCAGCAUUUAUUAUCAUUGGGUUAGUGAUUAUAUAUUGGUUCUCGGGGUUGAAUAUUUAUUUGAAUGGUAUUGGUCCUAAUAUUACCAAUUUCAAUCCUAAUAGUUGGACAAUGUUAAUUGGUGUCGCAGUUACAUCUUUUGAGGGUAUUGGUUUGAUACUACCAAUCGAGGCUUCGAUGAAACAGCCAGAGAAAUUUCCAAUGGUCUUGUCAAUAAGUAUGGUUGUUAUAACGGCGUUAUUUGUUGCCAUUGGUACCUUAGGUUAUCUUUCAUUUGGAGAUGAAGUUAGAUCAAUCAUCAUUUUGAAUUUACCCCAAAGUAGUAUUGCUGUACAGUCGAUUUUAGUAUUGUAUUCCAUCGCUGUAUUUUUGACUGCUCCUUUACAAUUAUUUCCAGCUAUUAAGAUUGGUGAAUCAUUGAUUUUCAGACACAAACGGAAUGGCCAAAGAGACGAUGAUGGGAAAUUGUAUCACCAAUCUGGUAAGUAUAAUCCAUUGGUCAAAUGGUUAAAGAAUUUAUUUAGAGCAAUUGCUGUGAUUGUGAUAAGUACUGUGGCUUAUCUCAACGCUAAUCAUAUUGACAAAUUUGUGUCAUUUAACGGAUGCUUUGCUUGCAUUCCGUUAGUGUAUAUAUAUCCGCCAUUAAUUCAUUUGAAGACUAUGAGAUCAGAUUCCAAGACCACAAAAGAAAAGAUAUUUACCAUAUUUGAUUAUUUAUUAAUUACAGUGGGGAUUUUAACCGUUAUUUAUUCAACAUAUCAGAUCUUAUUCUUGAAUUAG